AUGGUGAUGCCCGAAUGGUUCUUUAUCGAUCCGGCGGCUGAUACACUUGUCACCCCCAUCGACAAUGAUGCGCUUCAUUUACUGCGGCAACAUCCCGGUGUACGUGUACUACCCAUAUUAAGUAACGUGAAUACCACAACGCAUGAUGGGAACUUCGACGGCAAAUUGCUUUCUAAAACCCUGCGCGAUCCUUUGAAAAGGGAGAAAUUACUAACGUCGAUCGAACAACAACUGAAAUUGAAUCAUCUGCAGGGCGUGAAUAUAGAUUUUGAAGAAGUGGAAGAGCGUUGUAUCGCGCCGAUGCAUGCGUUUCAGCGUCAAUUGUAUGAACGAUUACAUAAUGAUGGCCUGCUCGUUACCCAGGAUAUUUCAGCGGGCAAUGAAGACUUUCACCUGGCCCAGCUUGACCAGUACAAUGAUUACUUUUUCCUGAUGGCCUACGACCAACAUUAUCCUUCCAGCGUACCAGGCCCGGUGUGUGAACAAAGAUGGAUUGAAAAGCAGCUUGACGAAAUUGCUGCGGUAGUUCCAUCCACGAAAAUAAUAUUGGGCCUUGCUGCCUAUGGGUACGACUGGCCUGAUGGCAGCGAAGGUGCUACUGUAACUUACCAGCAAGCACUUUCAGAAGCAAAGGAGUUCAAGCGUCCUGUUCAAUUCAGUAACGACUCGUACAAUUGUUAUUUCGACUACGGCGAUAAUGACAGUGUUCAUCAUACAGUCAGUUUCACCGACGCUGCCAGUACUUUCAAUACUAUGCGAUUCGCGGAUGAUAUGCAGCGCGCUGAGGCGGAAAUGGAAGCCACUCGUUUAUUGAUAGAAGCUACUACCGGUAGAAGUACUAUUCUUUUCCGUGCACCAUACAAUGCUGACGCGGAGCCUACCAAAGCGGUUGAGCUCAGACCUGUCGCCAGGGGAAAACAAAACAGCUAUUACACAGUGGGUGAAAGUAUAGAUCCUGAAGAUUGGGAUACACGCCAUGGUGUAAACGCCGAUAGCAUUUAUAACCGGGUUGUAAGGCAAUACACAAAGGAUCCUUCCAGGGGUAUUAUUCUUUUACACGAUGCUGGCGGGGACAGAGAGGCAACUGUGAAAGCCUUGCCGCGAAUUAUCGGGUAUUUUAAAAAUAAGGGGGUCCGUUUUACAUCCGUUUCUCAUUUGCUGGGUAUUAACAAAGAUGCCAUCAUGCCACCGGUGAAAGACCGGCUGGUAAAG